AUGCACCACACACGGACCAUCUACACAGCUGGCAGACCACCCUGGUUCAAUGAACAUGGAGCCCAGUUAAAAGAGGCCAUUGUUAUCGGUAUCUGUGGUGGCAGUGCUUCUGGAAAAACUACUGUAGCUAAUAAAUUCAUUGAAGCUUCGGAUGUUCCCUGGGUGGUACUUCUGUCUAUGGACUCGUUCUAUAAGGUUCUGUCUCCGGAGGAACAAGCUCGGGCAGCCAGUAAUGACUAUAACUUUGAUCAUCCAGGAGCGUUUGACUUUGAGCUGCUUCUGACCACGCUGCGGAAACUUAAACAAGGAAAAAGUAUGGUAUAUGACUUCACCUCACAUGAAUGACUAAGAGACUGGAAAAACGUCUAUGGUGCCAUUGUCAUUAUCUUUGAGUCUAUCCUGUAGUUUGCAGACUAAGAGCUGUUGCAGCUCAUGGACAUGAAGAUUUUUGAAGAUACUGAUUUGGAUAGUCGACUGGUACGGAGGCUGAGGAGGGGCAUCACAGAGAGGGGCCGGGACAUUGAGGGUGUCAUUAUUAAACAGUACGAUAAGUUUGUUAAGCCAGCCUUUGAGCAGUACAUUGAACGCACCAUAAGACUGGCAGACAUUGUAGUGCCACGAGGUGGAGGUAACAUGGUAGCCAUUGACCUGAUUGUACAGCAUCUUCACAGCCAACUAGAAGAGAUGAGCAAAAGUUUAAACAUAGACACCAGCCCUGAUGAGUUCAUCUUUUAUUCAAAGAGAUUGAUAAGGUUGCAUAUCGAACAUGCUCUGUCUUUCUUGCCCUCUGAGACCUGCAAUGUACAGACACCACAGGGCCAAGUGUAUGAAGGAUGCGGAUUUAGCAGGAAAGGGGUAAAUCCAUAUCAGGGGAUGGAUUUGGAUUCAGCGGAACCAGAGCUGCAUUACCUGCGACUGCCCAGAGACAUCAGUGAGGAUCAUGUAAUUUUGAUGGACAGCAACAUUUCCACGGAAGCGGCAGCCAUGAUGGCCGUAAGGGUGUUGCUGGAUCAUGAUGUCCAGGAGGACAAUAUUGUGUUGGUGUAUCUCUUGAUGGCAGAAUUGUGAGUUCACUCAGUAGCUUAAGCCUUCCCUCGUGUCAAAAUCGUCACAACUACUGUAGACAAGAGCUUAGAUGAUCUCCUUCAUGUCAUUCCAGGGAUAGGAAAGGGGAAAUCAAGCUGUUUCUACAAUCUAAGCAAAGACAAAUUCGACCUAGCCAUGAACUGA